AUGUUGUUCCUUGACUCGGAGAACAAGAUUAUAAAGGAGGUCCUCGAGAAACGACUUGGGGAGAAAGCCUCUCGGCCCGUAAAGCCAUUAGAAAUCCGAUUGUGCGACUUUGACGAUGUGCAGUAUGACAUAUCGAUCGUGGACAACCUCUUAACAAUCUCAAUGGCAUAUCCUCCGUACAAGACGCUCGAAGGAUUGGGUGCCCAGCAAAUGUUCGCCGUAACGUAUCCUGAGUUUCAGCUCAUCGCUCCAAAGACUGGCUUUGAUUUCUCGUUACAAGUUAACGUAGACCUGAUUACCCCGACGAAUGCUGCAUCCUUCAUUGGGCGUAUUGCGGUCCUAAAACGCAACAUUUUGGGAGCCCCAUAUGAACAAUGUUUUGAAGCACUUCAAAAUGGCAAUGCAAGCACUCUAGGCCCUGUGCAGAUUCCGUACCGCCGUAACGAGACCGUUUACGUUCUCCCUCAGGCAGACCGUAUCGUCAUUGUCUAUUCAGUCUGCUUUGAGGACAAGACCGACCAGGCAAUUGCUCGAGUCUUCCUCCAGGAAUUCGUUGACACUCGACGCACGGUAAACAAUGCUCCACCCGUGGCAUUUGGUAAGGAUCCUCCGCUUGAGUUGCGUGGAGCACCGGGUCUUCGCAACUCGCCGGACCUGGUGGGUUAUUUGAGUCUUGCCAUCUUUCCCACCCACGUGGACACUACCGAGAAGCGAAUCAAGGCGGCAACUCUUGUACAGGGGCUACGUAACUACCUUCACUACCACAUCAAGGCUUCUAAGACGUACUUGCACAUCCGUAUGCGGAAGCGUGUUGAUUUGCUGCUGCAAGUAUUAAACCGUGCUCGUCCCGAAAAGGAUCAGUCCAAAAUUCAAAAGAAGACUAUCACAGGCCGAACUUUUGCGCGUGCCUAA